CGCGUUCUUUCCCAGAAUUCCUCUUCAAAGCGAUGGCGAUGGAUAAUUCAACGCCAAGUAGACACGAGAAAAGUUUGGGAUUGCUCACAACUAAAUUUGUGUCAUUAUUGCAAGAGGCUAAAGAUGGCGUUUUAGAUCUGAAAGUUGCUGCUGAUCAGCUAGCUGUAAGGCAGAAAAGGAGAAUAUAUGACAUAACAAAUGUGUUGGAAGGCAUAGGUCUUAUUGAAAAGAAAUCCAAGAAUAGCAUCCAGUGGAAAGGUGCUAGUGCAAAUUAUUCAGGAACAGAAGAUGGAGUAAAUCAAGGAAAUGGGACAGAGAUCUCAGACCGACUAUUGACCCUGAAACAAGAAAUUGAUGAACUAGAGCAGCAGGAAAAAAAAUUAGACCUGCAUAAGACAUGGGUCCAACAGAGUAUAAAGAAUGUCACAGAUGAAGUCACAAAUACACAGGCAGCAUAUGUCACUCAUGAAGAUAUUUGUCGAAGUUUUCGAGGGGACACAUUACUAGCAAUUCAGGCCCCUUCUGGUACUCAGUUGGAAGUUCCCAUACCAGAAGUAGGCCCUGGCUUUAAAAAGAACUACCAAAUGCAUCUGAAAAGUCAUACAGGACCUAUCCAUGUUCUCUUGGUGAACAAAGACACAGAAGAAACAAGUCCUGUUGUGGUACAGGUGCCCCCACCAAAGGAAGAGGACACAGAAAACCAGAAUGUUGAUCCAAACCAAACCCAAAAUAAAUCAAAGAAUGCCAAACGCUCACCACAGAAAUCUCCCUUACGUCCAUCACAACCAUCUUCCGAUGUAGAAUUCCCUACACGCAUGUCAACAAGGUCAUCUCCACGGAAACAAGGCCAGUCAUCACAAUCAGUUCCUUCAACAUCUGAUCCUCAGACCUCGCUCGAUUCUCUUCCUGGUGACAUUCUGUUUGAUCCCAAUGAUCCCCGACAUACAGGGCUUGAUAUACCAAGUGAAGGAGAUUUAAUAGAGGAAUUGAUGUCUUCUGAAGCAUUUGCUCCACUGCUCCGGUUAAGUCCCCCACCAUCAGACAGGGAUUAUUAUUUUAAUCUGGAUGAUACAGAAGGGGCAUGUGACCUGUUUGAUGUCCCACUUCUAACCAAUUACUGAUCAGAAAACAACAGUUUCUUGACUACCUCAAGUGCCUUCACAGGGCCCAAUGCUAUAGGCUAGACUGUACAAAGUGAACAGGCACAGCUCAGUCAGUAGAGGCUAAUUUCUCUCAGAAUUGUUCUUGGCAAGAGAAUUGGAACAAAAUUGCUGAGAUUUUGUCAGAGAAGUUUUGACUUUCUCUAGUGCUGUUCUGCUUCAGAUUGCCUUGAAAUUUAUAUAAAUUUCUGAGCAACAUUUUUUAAAUGUAUCAGUCUGGCAUUCACAUGUACUAAUAGUUCUAGAACUUUCAUAAACUUUAAUAGCAAGGAUACAUUUGUUAAAGCUAUUGGUACAUUUUUCUCAUGAAGCACAAUAAAAAAAGAGUGCUUGAAACUUUUGUUGGAAAUGCAUUUUUUAGUAGUGCUAUUAUUUAAGCAAUAUUGUUUAAAUUUUUCUGAUGGAACCCAGACUGAUGGAAUGGAGUAAAGUUUGAGUGAUAUGUAGAGUUGGUAUUUCAUCAAAAUGUAGUUUGCAAAAAAAGAAAGAAAACAAACAACAAAAAAAAACAAACAAAACAAAACAAAAUUUAAAAACUUUGUAACUUUAAAAUUCAUCUUAUCAACUUUUUACAGAUGAAAUGUCAUUAUAAGUCAAA